AUGGAAAGAUAUAACUUGCUGCUGUUGGGGCUGAGUGAAGUCCGGUGGACUGGAGCUGGGGAGAAACGUAUGGAAAAAGGGGACGUAUUGUUAUAUUCAGGGAAGGAUGAGGGUGAAGCCCAUACAAGUGGAGUUGGCAUUAUGAUAAACAAACAAGCAAGAAAAGGAUUAAUAGAAUGGAACCCAAUUUCUGACAGGAUCAUAACAGCAAGAUUUGUAUCCAGAGUUAGGAAAGUUUCUAUAAUUAUGUGCUAUGCACCAACUGAGGUUUCUGACGAGGAAGAGAAAGAUCAUUUCUAUCAGCAGCUAAGCAGGACACUACAUAAUAUAAAAAGAGGAGAUAUACGGAUUAUGAUGGGUGAUUUUAAUGCCAAAAUCGGAAACGACAACACUGAUAGGGAGUCUGUGAUGGGGAAACAUGGUAUGGGUACCAUGAACGACAAUGGAGAAAGAUUAGCAGACCUAUGCUUAAACCAGAGUUUGGUAAUAGGCGGAUCAGUAUUCCCCCACAAGGACUGCCAUAAGGUAACUUGGCUCUCACCUGAUCGUAAAACAGAGAACCAGAUCGAUCAUAUUUGUAUCGACAAAUCCUGGAGGAAAUCACUUCUUGAUGUGCGAAAUAAAAGAGGAGCGGAUGCGGGAACUGAUCACCACCUGAUAAUAGGAGUCACACAGCUUAAGAUAUCAUCGACUGCGGUAAAACUCCAAUGUGCUCAGAGGAAGUGGGACUUGGUCAAAUUGAAAGAUGAAUCAAAGAAAGUGCAGUUUAGCAUGCAGUUGAAAAAUAGAUUCCAGGCUCUAAGGGUGGACGACAUUGACGAUGAAGCUCUUCACGAGAGAGAAAAUCCCUCAGAAAAAAUAGAGAAAAAAUGGAAGAAUUUCAAGGAAAUCUUUCAAGACACAGCAGAAGAAGUUUUGGGCUAUAGGAAUAAGAAUAGGCCGGACUGGAUCUCCGAGGAAACAUGGGAGGCAAUACAGAAUAGGAAACAAGCAAAACAUAUACUCAAUCAAUGCAGAACUCGAGAUCAAAAAGAAGCUGCAUCAAGAGAAUAUAGCAGAGCAAAUAGAAAUGUUAAGAGACUUUUUAGAAGAGAUAAAAGGAAGUAUAUAAAUUAUCUAGCGGAUAAAGCACAGGAGGCAGCUGACAGGGGAGAUAGUAAGACGCUCUAUGUGAUAACUAAAAGACUCUCGAGAAGGAAAGCCUUUGCGGACAGUAAACCUAUUAAAAGUAAAACAGGAGAUUUGUUGGUGACGGAAGAGGCGCAGUUUAAAACGGUGGAGACAACAUUUCCAGGAAGUCCUAAACCGCACUGUAAACCAAAAUGA